CACGUAAUGACGUGUACCUUUACCCGUCAUAAUGUUGUAAGUGCGUGGUUGUGUUGUUGGAGAAGGAAAGGAAACGGUGUGGCGAAGUCUGACAUCUAAAAGGAGGUGUAAUUGCUAGAAAACACGAAAAAACAACAAUAUCCGAUACGAAGAAACCAACUAAGAAAAACCAUCUGAGUCCAUCGUUUUUAAAGCGGGAGCCGACAUGUCUGAAACAUACGACUUCCUGUUUAAGUUCCUGGUGAUUGGUAGUGCUGGGGCAGGGAAAUCUUGCCUCCUCCACCAGUUCAUUGAGACCAAGUUCAAGCAGGACUCCAACCACACCAUCGGGGUCGAGUUUGGUUCCAGGGUGGUCAACGUCGGGGGUAAGACAGUCAAACUACAGAUCUGGGACACAGCCGGACAGGAGCGCUUCAGGUCUGUGACUCGCAGCUACUACCGUGGAGCGGCAGGGGCGCUGCUUGUCUACGACAUUACAAGCCGGGAGACGUACAACGCCCUGACCAACUGGCUGACAGACGCACGGACGCUGGCCAGCCCCAACAUCGUCAUCAUCCUGUGUGGGAAUAAGAAGGACCUGGAUGCGGACCGAGAAGUCACCUUCCUUGAGGCGUCCCGCUUCGCACAGGAGAACGAGCUGAUGUUCCUGGAGACCAGUGCUCUGACAGGGGAGAACGUGGAGGAGGCCUUCCUCAAAACUGCCCGCACCAUCCUCAACAAGAUGGAGUCAGGUGAGUUGGACCCAGAGCGGAUGGGUUCAGGUAUCCAGUAUGGAGAUUCUUCUCUGAGGCAGCUGAGACAGCCCAGAGGUUCCACCUCACAGACCAAGCAGCAGUGUAACUGCUAGGGGCCGGACCCCACCCUCACCCUUCAACCCCACACGCACAGGACGCCCCUUAAAGCUCUAGGUGUUUUGGGAUGUGCAGGACUCCUCCUCCUCCCCCUUCUGCAACCCCUUACACACUUACAGCAGACCUGGACCAGUCGCCAUGGAGGACCUGCAACCCCUGACCAUUGGUACUUCCUGCCAAGGGAGGUUACCCGGGCUCCUGGGUCCUAGGCUGGGAGACCCUGUGGUGUGAACUGUGCUGGGAACAUAAGAAGAAGAAGAGUCAAUAUCUGGGAUGACUGUCAGGGUUAGGGGUUGUGUGUAAGGGAUGUCCCGUUUUUACCCUUCGUGGUUUUUAUCAACACGCUUGCACGCACGCACGCACACACACAGACACAGACCGUACGUACACACACCGCCUGUAACUGAAAGUCCAUGAAGGAUGAAAUGCAAAACAAACAUGGUGAACUUCCUCAUUCAUACACAGCCUGUUAGACUGCACUAUCAGGUUGCUUGACAGUUGAAGUUCUUGUUUUACCCAUCACUCCCUAUUAUUAUAUUUGUUUUUUAUAAGCUGAAUUUAACCUUUGUUUGCACUGAACAGUACUUCUAAUCAAGCCUGCUGUUCACCUUAUCAUAACCAGGUAAACCUAAGUCUCCCCAACCCAAACUUGACCACUCUGCAACCUGAAAAUAGCCAUUUAUUAUCAACACCCAAGCCCCUGGCUUCAGAUGUACACAUGUAACUGAUUCCACCGGUCUAAAUUUGACCACAUGUAACUCGACCUUGGGUAUAAAUGGCAUUGAUUCUAAUCUAAUGGACAACUUGUCCAAGGUGUGUUUUAAAUUAAUGCAAUUUAUCAAGUGGAGUAGAAAAAUGCUUGACAUUGUGGAUGUAUACAGUCGUAUACCC